CCUUCAUCUAUCAGGAAAGCUCGUAUGAAUGAUCUGCAAGGAAAGUGUCCCUAGAAGUACAAAAGAACAAGAAGUCUACUUUGAUAUCGAACAAGUUGCCUCACGACUCUUCCUCGCAGAAACAAGGUCAUAAAACAUGUCGAACGUCGCCAGCGCCGCACAGGAUUGAGUUCUUGUUGGCACUACAACUAUGAUCUCCGGCUGUGGUGCUGGUACUACCUUGGAUCAAAUGGUGCUGUCAUUUCUGUCCGCGCACAAUAGUCGUGCACGUAAAGGAACUCAAAUUUGAUUUCUGCCGAUCCGGUGCUUAAUGCGCAGGGCUGAGGCAGGAUCCCAUCUGAGUCUGAAUCUGCAAACCUUGCUCUUGAGCUAGACCCACACUGGCGGCAUUUUCUGGACACGCGACUCGAUGCCUACACUUCGAACUCUUGUAGGCAGAAUGAUUCGGUUAAGGUGACAUGUUCUGGAUAGGGAUUUUCAUCACUUGAAAUUGAACCUAGUGUGAAUGUCGUGUACUAGUUCUUAAUAAAGUCAGGUUCAGCUUCAGAUAUUAUACUUGAAGAUGUACUACUUCUAUCUUCCUUUCUUGGUGAAAAAUUUCCUUUGAUCAUUGCUGCUAAUUCUUGAACAGCGAGACCGAGAACGAUAGCUGGCAAAAAGGUUGAAGCAACUUGUGGAC